GAUUACGGACGUUGUUGACACAAUUGCGCCCUCUGUAAUGGCGGUUGCGGGUGCUGGUGGAGGUGGUUGUGAAGCUUCCGGAGGCACGGAAGUAAUUAUUUUGAUCUCGGACUCCGGAUCCGAUGAAGACCGGCUGGAACGCGAUAAAUCUGAGAAUGGCCACGACCGAGACUCACCUUCACUGUUGCAGAAUGGACAUAAACUGCCAAUUGUACCUGUCAUAAAGCCGGAGCUCCCGCAGGCAGACAAGCUUUAUAAUCGGACCCAUUACAAGGUAUCUCCAAUGCUGCAGGAGAUGACGGAGAAGGCCAACUGCGCCCUCACCAAGUUCCUGGAGCUGUGCACGCCGCUGAUGAGCAGGGACGACCGGGGCGUCAUCCUGAAGCGGGUGGACGUGCUGGUGCAGCAGACCAACCUGCACUACCUCGCCUCGGAACAGUUCCGAGGCCUGGUGGCCGACCUCACGCGCAAAGUGGGCGCCGACGGCGCCAACGUGUACGUGCACCUCAAGACCCUGACGGACGAACUGCGCGCCUAUCGCGAGAAGCGGCCGAAGCCCAAGGGGACAACCGCGCCGUCGGCUUCCACCUCCGGGGACGCCGCAGCCGAUCGUUCUGGGGGUGCGGCCGCCAACGAGACGACCACGGACAAUGGCGGAACGACGUCGGCCAACGGGGAGGAGGUGGCUGAAGACAGCGGCACCGCUGCAUCGAACGAGGGGGACGUAAAGGACCUUAAACGACAGAAGCAGAUUCGGCAGCUGGAGAAGCACCUUCGCAAGCUGCACAGGGCCAUCAAGAAGCUCCGCAAGAAGGAGGUGGACUGGGACUCGGAGGACGACAUCAACUCACCCUACAUCAUGGAGGACCGCUACAAGAAGAAGUUUGUAAAAGUCUGGUGGAAGCUGUGCGAGCUGCAGGGGAGGCGACCCCUGACCGGCCGAGAGGACGAGAAGAAGUUCCGCUACUCCGGUUCCCGGUAUCCGGAAAUAAACGAGGGAGUGUGUAGGAUGAUCAACAGUAAGAAGAUCUUCCCAGACUUCACGGACAUCCUGGGCCUCAUCAAGUCCCACAACGAACUGUCGAGCCUCGGACUACAGGGUCCCCAGAUGGAGCAGAUAGCGAAGGAAGUGUUCACGGAUGUGGGGCAGGAGCUCCAGGCCCGGCGCAAGCGGGAGGAGCUGCGGCUUGCCCUGCUCUACCUGGAGGACGAGGAGGAGGUGCCCAAGGACCCCGCGGAGGCAGACCCCGAGCUCAGGGCUAGGCUGGACGAGAAUGGCAAACUCUUCAGCUCCAGGAUGGACGAGGUGGUACAGUCGUUUGUAAACAGGCAGUUGGAGCAGAAGCUGGAGCCAAGGGAGGUGCAGGAAGAGGAUUGCGACCAGUCGCCGCCACCCAGCCCCAAGAACGAGGCCACCGAAGACGAGGACGAAGAAGAAGAAGAGGAGGAGGAGGAUGAAGACCUGGUCAACUUCCAAGACCUGAGUGGAGAUGAGAACUCGCCCGAAGAAGACGAAGAAAAGGAUGAGAAAGCAGAGGAUCCCGACGCUUUGAUUGGAAAAGCCGACGACAAAGCCGUGCCUCCGCCAACGCAGCCGUGUGCGGGCGUUGUGGCUUCGUGCCCCGAGGAAGCCAAGCCCAAGGUCGAGGCCGAAGUGAUCGUCAUAGUCUCGGACGACGAAGCCUUGCCUCCGGCAAAGAGGGCCAGGACGUGAUGGUGAGCGUGCCGCGGGUUUCGCGGCUCCCACCGGCAGCUUCCAUUGCAGAUUGACACGACAAACGUGCACUUUGGUGGAAGUGGUGACUGUUUAUGACGAGGUGUAACAUUUUGUGAGUCUUUGUCUUUGUUUCUUUUUUAAAUCGAGGAAUCCUAUUAAAAUAAAAUCGAAGGAACGUGCUCCCUUUUCCUAGAUGAAUAGGGAGCGGAGAGAUUUACGUUGUGCACGGGCUACGUUUACACGCGUACAGCAUUUGGGCAGGUGGAAAAAAAGGGAGGAGUGACGAGACAACCGGGAAUUUUCAUUUAAUUUAUUGACUGCUGACCAGGCCUGUUUCGUGACAGAAAUUUCACUAAGUACAAUUUUCCUCUUCUAAUUGGCAUCUAAGAAGAAAAGUAUUCUUUCAUUAGUUGGUACUCUACCUUAUUUAUUUGUUUUAAAUUGGCUUUAAGUCUGCAGUAAUAAUGCAGGAGUGAAGAAAAGUAACUUUAUUUUUUAAUCUUUUUCCUCACCACUUUAACUCAAGAUCUGGGUUUGUGUGGUUGGCCGAGGCCCAACUUGAUUGGAGGCUGUCGCUUUCGUGCGAGUGUAGCCGGUGUUCUAGAAAAUGGUUCUUACAGUGUCCCUGGUUCCCUUGGAACUGGGCAUCUCGAAGAAGCGUUUGUGAAUUGUGAGUCAUCCAUUGUUUGUGUAGUCAACUGUUACGACAUUCAGCUCCCUGAAGGCCCCUUCAUUGUCAUUCAUUGAUUCAUUCAUUUGAAAGGUGCCUUUGUUCAACUUUGCCACAAACAUUUUUGAGAAUAUUUGUUUUAGCAGCAAAACUUUGCCUUUAGCGGUAAUUUUUUUCUUCACAAUUAUUAUUAUCUUUUCACUUUAAGACUUUCUUAAAAUGUAAUGUCGGUGGCUUGGUACAUGAAAAUAAAUGCAGAAGUCAAAGUACCGUAUUUUCCAGUGCAUAAGUUAAGUUUUCAUUUUUUUGUAAAUUUUCGGUGGUGCGUUUUAUGAUAUGUUGUGACUUAAAUGGAUUCUUCUUUAAGGAUGAACCUUAAAGGCCCGUUCCCACACUUGCAUUUUCUUAGGACCAUGCUCUUUGGGAUUUCUUACGACGAGAGAACAGACUGGCCUGCCAUCUGUGAGGCGAUAAGGAACUGAAUUUCACUAGAGCGAAUGUUUUGCAGUAUUUGUGAGGUCAAAUAUACAUACUACAGUUGCGUCUCGUUUAAAUGGAUCGGGCUAUUAUGGACACCCCGCUAUAUGGACACCAUUUUCGGGGACGAACUAGGAAAAUACUUGCAUUUUCAUCUCCUUCUUAUGGACAACUCACAUUAUGAGCAAUCUUUUGGGGGAUUGAAGUUGUCCAUAUUAACGAGACAUCACUGUAUCAAUAAGAAAAGGUUGUUUAUAGCACUGUCAAAAGCUUUUGAGCCAAGAAAGAAAGAAUGAUGAAAUAGGAAAUGUAUGGAAACUGCCACGGCUACGCAAUAGAUGGCGCCAGAGUGGUCUUUCGUCAUAAGAGGUCUCGAGGCUCACGGCCAUAAGCCGUCGCAAGUGGGUGAACCGAGCAGAUUUUUCGCGAGUGUUGUAUUUCUCGUUCGAUCAAUUGACGAGGGUGUUGAAACUGGCUCCCGCUUGUGCAUGUAUAGCAAGCACAAUACACAUGCCAAAAUAUCCAGAGAGAUGCCCCGCCCAUGGAAGAUAACCUGCCCCUUGUUUUUGCCUCGAUUCGCUAUUUUCUUUUAAACACUGAAAGAUAGCCCACUGCUAGUAAUAGUGCUCGGAUCAAUGAUGACAUCUUCGCUUCGUUGUCCCUUGCCACAAUAACAAUUUCGGCAGAAAAACAUGACCUAAAGAGAAAAAAAAAGCUUUUCUUCGACUUUUCUUUAUUAAACGUCGAAAGUUAGCCCACUCCUUAUUUUCACCUGACUUGCUCUCGGUUUUAGGUGGGUAAUCUCUCAAAAUAUUACGGUGUACAGACUUGUAUGUGCAGUUUCACCAUGCCUAUCAAACCAAUAUACAAGUGUGAAUUAUAAAGACUUAUGCACCAACGUUUUUUGAAGACACCCGUUUACAGGAGGGGUGUGUGACUUAUAUAUCGGGAAAUAUGGUGUGCUUCUGGUUUUGGUGCCUCAGUGAUUACACCUUUUGCUUCUGUUUUUUCCUUUUUAUCUUUGUUACUGUGAGGGCACAGUUCUAAGAUUCUUCAUUGUUUUGCUGAUUACCCACCUCAGCUGCAAUGAAGGCUUUUGUCUCUGUGAGACACUAGUUUUUUUUUUUUUUUUUGUGUGUGUACUUUUUGAGAUUUUGAGUAUGGGUGUUUCAUUACGGUGGUUUGACACACUGUGAGGCUCGCAGUAAUUUAGUUUGGGAACAAAUUAAAGUAAUGAAAUAGAAUUCAGUUUGUUACUGAAAAAGAAAAGGACUCCAAUUUGUUUUUAGCUUUUUGCAACAUUAUUUAUAUAAAAAUUGUUUUAGGAUGAUUAUCGCCCUUUUGCGGGAACUCUUGUCUAGGCUUUGCUGCCUGGUAUGAUGUCAAGGGGCAUUCCUCAUAUUAAAGAGAACGAGAAAGGAAGUCCAAUGAUAUUGUAAACCAUGCUUUUGGAGUCUGCUGCAUAAAUGACAUUGGUAGUUCGUUUUCAUCUUUGUGGUAUUGCUCCAAUUUCAUUGCCUCGAUUGUCUUCACAUGGCCGCCGCAUAGUUUUCUUUCUUAGGCCGAAAAGAUCAAACUAAAACUAAAGCACCCACAGGGUACAUCAGGACGUCGUCAUGCGUUUCUGAGAUAUACGAUUCUCAAGUGUGGGGUUGCUGACACUCUGCCGCUCUCUACGCAAAAAGCAGAAAAGGUAGAGAUCUGGGCGGUCGGAAGGAUGGAAUGGCAGGAUGUCACAUGGAUUGUUUCUCUCCUCAGGCUUCCUGCAACUGCAGCUUGUUUCUUUCAUGUGCAAGCAAAGCUACGGGAACAAGUAUGUUGCUCUGAAGAACGCUUGCACUGCACAAGCCCUUAUGGGUUGGUCGCUUGGCAGGGAUGCUGAAAGCCCGGUGCUCGCUCUUUUAGCUCUCGCUACACUACCGCUUCAUGUGACACAGAGUUUACACUGUACUGCGACCGUGCGUAAGCCUAUAAGUUUAUUUUUCAUUUGUUGCUCCUUCCCGAGAUACCCAGAAAAAUGUUCCAUCCCAGCAUCAAUAAAACAUCUCUCACUCACUCCA